ACAUUAAAUUAUUGUCGAUCGUGUCUAUCACCCACUUAUGUAAAAAUAUAAAUUAUGUUUUACAUAUUACACAAAUACAGUUUUGCUAGAAAGAUUGAAAGUAAUUUUUUUAUAUAGAUAAUAAAAAAAAAAAUACAAAAUUAAAUAGGACAUUGAUGUAAGCCAAUAUUCUUUCAUCUUGUAACGUGUGGUCAAAUAAUUUUGACCGGUAGUGUACAUAAUAAAUAUAUACAAGAUAUUUAGUAUGUAUGAGGAUGUACAAGUGUGACAGUUUAGUUAUGACAUAUUGUUAUGUGUGAUAUAAUACAACAUACAUAACGUAUUCACGUUAUGCUGCACGCGAUUGUAACGUGUGUUACGUAGUUACCGUAUAACAACGUCACAAAUACAUAUUUAUGUAAGUAUGUAUAUAUGUAUGCCUUACCGGUGCUUGUUCGUAAUACGAAGUCUCAAAUGGCUGUGGGUAAACUCAGUAAUAUAAUUGAUAGCAAUUGAACAAUUCGAAGAGAAACGCUAUCCUUAUCUACUUCCUAUACUAUCACCGCUUAUUACCAACGCAUAAGCGUUAUCUCUUUUAACAAGUCACAUUCAACAAAUUGUUUGUCCGGUUAAUGUCAUUUCCAUUCGUGAAAUGUUAAAUCAAAAGGAAACGUUAUUUAAAUUAUAUAAUGAUUUUCAAACAAUUUAGAUAUAUUUCAUAAACAAAUUCAAUCCUCUUUCCGUCUACUCCACCGACCAUACUUCAUUUAUAUAAUUUCUAUAUUUUUAUUUAUAUUUACAAACGUAAUCAGUCAUUUUAAUUUUAAUAUUUACGUAAUUAAUUAGUGCAUUUCGAAAAUUUCAAUCACAUAUUUAUUUUAAUAAUUAACAAGUUUUAUCUGUUUGUUUUUUUCUUUUCUUUUUUUUCUCGUGUAGAAAUAUUUAAAAAUUCAAAUUACGCGGGUUUAGUUGCAUACGUAUCAUUGGUAAAACAGAUACAAUCUAGUCGGUAAAGAAGUUGUGUUGUUUACAAAAGAAGAAUUAUUUUUCUCGUUACAGGAACUUUCGUUUAUUCAUGUAUUAAGUAAAUGAAUAUUAUAAUUUUUGAUAUUAAAGAUAAUUAUUAUUCGUUUUUUAAGUCAUCGCAUGAGUUAAUAUGUUCGAUUCGGAUUUAGAAAAUACUUCAAAACAUGGGGACAGUAAUAGGGAUACCAAUUCAGUAUUACAAAAAUAUAAUGAAAUGAUGGAAAAUCUUGAGAAAGAUUUAAAUGUUUGUAAGGUAGAACAGAAUAAAAUUAGGUCAAUGAUUGAAACGAUACAAAAUGAUAACAGAGACAUUGGUGAUCUUGUUAAAGAUGAAUUUUCUCGUAUUCAUAUUGAAACGUGUAACAGCGAAAGUAUACAUAAUAAAGAAAUUAUAAUGAAUUUACAAGAACGUAUCACAAUUUUACAAAUGGAAAAGGAUUCGGUUUAUCAAUUAUGGCAAAUGGCAUUGAAAGCAGUGAACGCUUUGGAAGAAGAUUUGAAGAAUUUUAGAACGGAUGGUAAAAGUUCUAAGUUAUACGAAGAACAUAUUGACAACGUUAAAGAAACAUAUUCAGAAGCAAUUAAAGCAUUGGAAGGUAAAUUAUUGCAAGCGAGAGAAAAUUUUUUAAAACAACAAGCGUUGUGGGAAACUAGCAAAGAUAAAAUUGAGGAUUUGCUUAAAGAGAAAGCUGACAUUGCAAGAAAAUAUGAAAAUCUCCAAAAGGAUAUUCAAGAGAAAGAUAAAAAUAAUCUGAAGAUUGUUGAAUCAUUGAAAACUGAAUUAGCUAAUGAAACAUUGAAUAAGCAAAGUGCAAUACGUUCAAAAAUAGAAUUGGAAAGUAAAUUAAACGAAGCUAUGAAAUUUACUGCAUCUUUGAUGGCUCGAAAUGAAGAAACAAAAAAUAAAGUAUCUGAAGCUUUGGAAUUAGUAGAAAUUGCUGUACGAGAAAAAGAUUUGAUAUUACAAAGAGAAGGACACAUAUUGGAAGAAAAGAAUAGACUUGAACUUCGUUUAUCUAAAAUAACAGAAGAACAUACAGCAAUGUUGCAAGAAGAGAUAACAAAAAUGAAAGAUGAUUAUGAAAGAAGGGUUAAAAAGUAUACAUCUGAAAUACGAGAUCUUAAAGUGGAAUUGGAACACAAAACUAAACUUUUAGAUCAUUUAGAAAAUGAUUAUAGAUUUUCUCAGGAAGAAUUUGAAAAGAAACGUCAAAGUUCUGAAGAUGCAUUACAAAGAUCAAGAACUAAAAUCUUGGAUUUUGUACACAAAUUGCAUUCCAUAGAACGUCAACUACAAAAUAAAGAUGAUGCUCAAAGAAAAAAGUACGAUGCAGAGAUUUCCCAUUUAGAAGCUAAGAUAAUUGAUUUAGAAGAAAGAUUAAAUACUGCUAAUGAUAAAGUAAAUAAAUUUCAACAAGAUAAUAAUGACAGCAUGGAAAAUCAAGUAAAACAAGCUAACGAGAAAACGAAGAAUAUGAUUGAACAAUGCAAUGAUUUGGAGAAACGUUUGGCUAGAUCUUUGGAAGAUAAAGAUCAUUUACAAACAGAAAUGAAACAUUUGCAAAUAACUUUUGAUCAUGAAAUGCAAAAGUGGGAAUAUGAAAAGAAUUCUCUGGAAAAUAAAAUACAUAAUUUAGAACUCAAUCAUCAAAAAGCAACAUUUUUGACACAGGAUGGGUUAAAUGCAAACAUAGCUGCAGCACAAGUUUAUACAGUGGAAAAGGAAGCGAAGAAACCUAAUUCAGAUGCAACACUAGAAAACAAGGAACAUUGUUGUCGAUUAGUUUUAUUAGAACAAAUGAAUAAAGUGCAAGAAAGAUUCGACAAAAAGAUAAAAGAAUUAUCACAUCACGUGGAAGUUCAUCAAAAACUUAGCAGAAAAUGGAAAGAAGAAGCCAAGACGUUGACAACAAAGUUUCAAGAAAAAUCAAAAGAACAUCGAGCUAAGAUAAACGCAUUAAGAAAGGAAAACGAGGAAUUGAUAAAAGAAUUAUUUGCAGCUCAGCAAGAACUAACUAAACACAAAAUACAAAAUCUUCCGAAAAGCAUCGAAGGAAAUAAAAUAAGGUAACAUUGUAAUGUUACAAUCGUAGGAUUAAUAUCACAUCUUGGUUUCUGUAAAUAUUUGAAGAA